UCUCUGUGCCCUUGAACCUGGGCUCCAGUGCUGGUGGAGGAGACAGAGGGGAGCUCGAGGCAAAUGAACAGGUGCUGAACAAAUACAUGGACUCAGUACUCAAAGUAUGCUUUGAGACCGUGAACAUGGACUUUUCUCGGCUCCACAUGUACACUCCUCCCCAGUGUGUGCCCGAGAACACUGGCUACACGUAUGCACUCAGCUCGAGUUACUCUUCUGAUGCUCUGGAUUUCGAGACUGAGCACAAGUUAGGUCCUGUGUUUGAUUCUCCAAGGAUGUCCCGCCGCAGUUUGCGCCUGGUCACCACGGCCCAUGCCGCUGAGGGUGGCCCCGCUGGGGACAGAGUGGCCAGACUAGCAAAACAGCGCAGCAGUGCACACAAGCCGGCAUUUAGUAUCAACCACACCUCGAGGAAGGUCCUGUCCUUGGCUGUCAGCCAGAGCGGCUCCAGUGCCAUGCGGGCUGCGGCUUGUCUGCGGCCUCCUGUGCUGGACGAGUCUCUGAUCCGCGAGCAGACUAAAGUGGACCACUUCUGGGGUCUUGACGAUGACGGAGAGCUUAAAGGCGGGAAUAAAGCUGCCCUUCAGGGAAACGGCGAUGUGGCCGCGGGGGCCGUAGAAGCAGCGGGGAGCAACGGCUACACCUGCAGCGACUGCACCCUCCUUUCCGAGCGCAAAGGCGCGCUCACCGCGUACUCCACUGCCCGUGGCCUGGCCUCAAGGAUUUACUCGAGGGAUAGAAGUCAAAAACGCCGCGCCGCUCGCUGCAGGGAUAGCAUCUUGUCGCUGGUCACGCGCACCUCGGCGUCCUUUUCUUCGUUCUUAGUUCAGCUCUUCCAAGUGGCUUUAAUGAAGCUCAAUUAUGAAUCAGAAAAUUACAAAUUGAAAAGUUAUGAAUCAAAAGAUCGUGAAUCAAAAAGCUGUGAGUCAAAAAGCCAUGAAUCAAAAGCUCAUUCCAGUCACGGUGGGAGGAUGAAUGUGAGAGAGGCCCUCGGCGAGGACGGCCACCUCCGUGCAAACGGGGCGUCGCUGUGCGAUGACUGUAAGGGGAGGAAGCAGCUGGAAACCCACGCCGCCGCCCGCUCGCAGCCCUUGAGGCCAGGAGGGCGGGCAGGGACCGCGGGGCUCGCCGUGUCCCGCGCAGGUCACUUCUCGGUGCAGGCGCUGCGCGAGGUUGGAGCCACGGGAGGGUUUGUGUCCAGGACGGUGUCAUCGGUGCUGUGGUUGGCGGUGGCCGCUCCAGGGAAGGCAGCAUCUGAAGUAUUCUGGUGGCUUGGGAUUGGAUGGUACCAGUUUGUCACUUUGGUUUCUUGGCUGAAUGUGUUUCUUCUUACAAGGUGCCUUCGAAAUAUUUGCAAGUUUUUAAUCUUGCUCAUUCCACUGUUACUUUUACUAGGUGCAAGUAUUUCAUUAUGGGGCCAGGGUGAUGUCCUUUCACUCCUGCCUGUGUUAAACUGGACGCACGACCACAGAGCACAGAGGGUGGAUGACCCCAGGACCAUGCUCACACCUGACACUUCCCACCCGAACCAGCCUCUGCAGGUUGGCGACGAGGUUUUCCACUGGCAUCGGAUGAGUGAAGUGGAAAGGCAGGUGGCUGCAUUGUCGGGACAGUGUCACAGCCAUGACAAGAAGCUUGGAGAGUUGUCAACCUUGCUCCAGAAACUGCAGGCGCGGGUGGACCGGGCAGAUGGCAGCAAUGAGGGGGUGUUGCCCCCGACCGACCAUGUGACUCUCCGCCAAGAGCAUGAACUGCGCAUCUCCAGCCUGGAAGAUAUUCUUGGGGAGCUGACGGAAAGAUCUGAGGCCAUCCAGAAGGAAUUAGAACAGACUGCGCUAAGAACAGUUAGCAGAACUGACGAGGAGCCGCGCCUCCUUGCCGUGGUCCAGCAUCUGGAGCAGGAGCUGGGGCGUCUGAAAGCAGACUUGUCCAGUUGGCAGCAUUUGAAAACCAGCUGUGAGAAGGUGGAUACAGUAUAUGAAAGGGUGGACGCACAAGUCAGAGAAACUCUCAGGCUCAUGUUCUCCGGAGAUCAGCAUGAAUCUUCUCUCGAGUGGCUGCUCCAGAAACUGUCUGCUCAAUUUGUAAACAAGGAUAACUUGCAGAUAUUAUUACGAGAUUUAGAGCUGCAGAUAUUGAAGAACAUUACCCACCACAUUUCUGUGACAAAACAGAUGCCAACUUCUGAAACUGUAGUAUCUGCUGUGAAUGGAGCGGGCGUUUCUGGAAUAACAGAAGCGCAAGCGCGUGCCAUCGUGAACAGCGCCCUGAGGCUGUACUCCCAGGACAAGACUGGCAUGGUGGACUUCGCCCUGGAGUCCGGGGGUGAGUGCCAGACCCCUGACCCAAAAGUGCUACUGUCAGCGGGAGGCCACUCAAGAGGCUGUUACCUGCCCCACGGUCAACAGUAG